AUGAAGAGUUGGUUCCUCUGUUGGCUGGUCUUGUCUUUGCUAUAUGGUUCCAAUAAAGGCUCAGAUGAGGGUUCCAAUAAAGGUUCAGAUGAGGGUUCCAAUAAAGGUUCAGAUGAGGGUUCAGAUGAGGGUUCAGAUGAGGGUUCAGAUGAGGGUUCCAAUAAGGGUUCAGAUGAGGGUUCCAAUAAAGGUUCAGAUGAGGGUUCCAAUGAGGGUUCCAAUAAGGGUUCAGAUGAGGGUUCCAAUAAAGGUUCAGAUGAGGGUUCCAAUAAAGGUUCAGAUGAGGGUUCCAAUAAAGGUUCAGAUGAGGGUUCCAAUAAAGCUUCAGAUGAGGGUUCCAAUAAGGGUUCCAAGAAAGGUUCCAAUAAAGGUUCAGAUGAGGGUUCCAAUAAGGGUUCCAAUAAAGGUUCCAAUAAGGGUUCCAAUAAAGGUUCCAAUAAAUGUUCAGAUGAGGGUUCCAAUGAAGGUUCACUUCUGUAUCAUAAACGCAACACUUCCAAAAAAAAGAUACAAAGUUAUCCAGAAACCGUGGAAGGAAUUAUGGAACACAGACACCACUGCAACCCUAUCGAAGCCAUUGAGACCCUUGAACGGCUUCUGGAGGAAACAGAGGUGAAUGAGUCUAUAUCACUGUCUUUCAACAAUUCGGUGGCCUUCCUGUACAAACCAAAUGUCCCCUUCAAAGGCCUUGCAAUUCAUGCAAGUGAUAAAAAGGUAAGGUCAGACAAUUCUUACAGCGAUAGUGACAAAGUGAGCGUUCAACUGCCGAGAGAGCUGGAUGCCGGAUCAGAAAACACCAUUGUGUUCUGCAUGCUUACCUGGCCUGACGCAAACUGG